GGCUGGCCGCGCCCACCCGGCCGCCAUGGAGCUGUCUCCAGGGCCGUGUGAGGAUCCUUGCGCCUGGGACUGCGAUGCGGAGCCGGAGCUCGACCCCGACGCACAGGCCGAGGCCUACGUGGCCCGCGUGCUCACUCCGCCGAAACCUGGGCUGGGGCCCCAGCGCAGCCCGCCGCUGCCCGUGGCCGCCCCGCUGCUCCUGGAGAUCUGCGCCUACCUGGACGCGCGCCUCGUGCUUCAGGUCCUGCCGCGCGUGUGCCAUGUGCUGCGCGACCUCGUGCGUGACCAUGUCACCUGGAGGCUACGCGCGCAGCGCCGCGUCCGCGCGCCCUACCCCGUGGUGGAAGAGGAGGACUUUGACUGGCCGGCUGCCUGCAUUGAGCUGGAGCAGCACCUGGCACGCUGGGCAGAGGACGGGCAUCGGGCUGAGUACUUCUGCCUGGCCGACGGGCACUUUGCCUCUAUUGACUCCGUGCUGCUGCUGCAGGGUGGGGCGCUCUGUCUGUCAGGCUCCCGAGAUCGCAACGUCAACCUUUGGGACCUGCGGCAGCUGGGGGCAGAGCCCAGCCGGGUCCUGGUCAAAGCCCUGGGCACCGAUCACAACAGCACCCACAAGGGCUGGGUGUGGUCGCUGGCAGCUCAGGACCACCGCGUGUGCUCCGGCUCCUGGGACAGCACGGUGAAGCUCUGGGACAUGGCGGCUGAUGGGCAGCAGUUCGGCGAGAUCAAGGGCAAGGCCGCUGUGCUCUGUCUCUCCUAUCAGCCCGACAUCCUGGUGACGGGCACCUAUGACAAGAAGGUGACGGUCUACGACCCCAGAGCUGGCCCCACCCUGCUGAAGAGCCGGCGGCUGCACUCCAGUGCAGUGCUGGCCCUGCUGGCCGACGACCGGCACAUCAUCUCGGGCAGUGAGGACCACACGCUCGUGGUGUUCGACCGCCGAGCCAACAGCGUCCUGCAGCGGCUGCAGCUGGACUCGUAUCUGCUCUGCAUGUCCUACCAGGAGCCACAGCUCUGGGCCGGUGACAACCAGGGCCUGCUGCACGUCUUCUCCAACCGAGAUGGCUGCUUCCAACUUGUCCGGUCCUUCGACGUGGGCCACAGGUCUCAGAUCACAGGGAUCAAGCACUCGCUGGGGGCCUUGUACACCACCUCCACCGACAAGACCAUCCGGGUACAUGUGCCUACCGACCCCCCAAGGACCAUCUGCACCCGUCACCACGACAACGUGCUGAAUGGGAUCUCUGCUGAGGGCAACCUGGUGGUGGCAGCCUCUGGGGGCCUGUCGCUGGAAGUCUGGCGGCUCCAGGCCUGAGCUGAUGGCUGUGGACACCGCGGGCCAGCAGGCUGGCCUCCAUCCUUGUUCUCGGGGGACCUUCCCCCCAUUGGUGCUGCCUCCGCUCUCGGCCUGCAGAAUCCUCUGGGCCACUGUCAGGCUGGGCCCCAGGCCAGUGGUGGUGACACUGGAGCUCUGGCCCAUGCGGGGGACUGCCCCCCACCCUCAGGCCCUGUUCUUGUUGUGCUUUGAACGCUCUACUCUCCACAAAGAAGUAGAGCGUGAAGAAGAAAUAAACCUUGUGAGCCUGGUGCUGCCCGGGCCCCACAGG